GAGGCUCAAGGAGUCCGUCGAGACCGCGGAGCUCCACCUGACCGACCAGUUCGGCAUCUCCGAGGGUGAGUGGUACCAGGGCAGGGCCAAAGGACCCCGCUCUGUCAAGAAGAAGCUGGCGGACCAGCGGCGCAGGAAGGCGGUCAGGAAGCUCAGCCUCCUCACCAGUUGCCGCCUCCGCCUCGGGAGGAUCGCCAGACAGCUCAGAGCGGCUGCUGCGGGCUGCUCACCCCCUGUGGGGCACGUAGGCUACAUGAAGCACCUGGUGCAGGUGGCCAGGAGCUUGGGGCACAAGUUCGAGCAGGCGGGCAGCACCGCGUUCGAAGACAAGAAGCUCGUCUCGCUGAAAGAGGUGACCCAGGUGCCCACUGUGCAAGGGCAGGCCUUCCUGCGGGCGAUCGAAAGAGCGUUGGCGUCACACGGGGGCCCCCACGGCGACGGCGACCACCAGCAGGACGAGUUCGGCUGCUGCUUCGCCCUGCGGUACUCCUCCGCCCUCUUUGCGGAGAAGGCCAAGGAGAAGGACAGGAAGGAGGCAGCGGUCCAGGAGUACGACGCCAGGCCUGCGACUCUGUGCCAGCUCCGCGGCGAGGAGAGCGGGACCCUGGCCCGCCGCCACCGCAGGUGCCCUGCCUGGGGGGGCUGGAGGCAAGGUCGCAGCCCCGCCGGCUUGCUGCGAGCUGCCGAGUUGGUGGCAGAGUUCGACGGCGAGGUCGACUUCCUGCACGCCGCCGCGGCGGAGCCCGCCCCUGGGACAGGUGGAUUCAGCCCACCGAAGUCGCAGUCCCAGGGGCGCGGCGAGUUCGGGAAGUUGCACGACGCGGAGGUGCGCGGGCCUGUCGUGUCAGCGGCUGGCAACAUGCAGAUGCCCGUCGCGGAGGCUGACGUUGGCGACGGCGAGGCGCAGGCCGCGGCGGCUGACGGCGGCCCCCUCCUCGCCACGGCGGCGGCCCUGGCAGCAGCGGCGGCAGCGGCCGCUUCCUGCUCGCGGCCGUCGCCCGCGAGGCGCCGCCCCGCCUCGGCCGAUAGGCCCGCGGAGGUGCUGCGCCGAGCACCCCAGCGCAGGGCGCAGGAGCAGUCGUGGCGCCGCGAGGCCUCGGCGCCCGCGCCCAGCCCGCGGCGGGCGGCGGCAGCGGCGGCUUGCAGCGGCCCAGCCCCUGAGGUGGCGGCUGAUGCGGCCCGUCCAGCGGGAUUGAGGGUCUACGGCCACCUCAUGCGGGGGUCGCGCGUCGAGGGCAACGGCUCCGAGCCCCCCCUGGUCUGCUCAGCGUGCUGGGGGUACUGCCGCCUCCCCAGGUGCGCGCAUCGCGGCCUGGCCAUGCCGUGUGGGGCCAGCGCGGCGGCUGGGCAGCCCACGUCCCUGAGGGGCCCCCGAGCCCAGGCGCGGACGGACUUCGCACGGGGCACCCUGCCUGCGUCCAAGGAUCCGUUCGCGCCGCUGGCCCCGCCGAUGGAGAGCACGCGCCUGUGCUGGGCGACGGCGCUCCAGGCCAGGCUGGGCCACGGGGCGGAGGAGCAGGCGCUCGCGGCGGCGCCCGUGCCAUCGCAGCGGCAGCCUGCGGCCGCCCCGCCCCCGCCACCUGCGGCUGGCGAUGGGGGCCAGGCGGCAGCGCCGCCGCGCGCCGCGGCGCCGCGGCGCCUGGUCGCGGCGGCCCCGCGGGCGGAGGCCGAAGAGCCGCGGCAGGUCCGCCCAGGGCUCGAGGGCGCCCUCUGCGCCCGCGGCUUCGCAGUUGCUGCGGCGGCCCGCGGCUGGCAGCCCAAGGCGCUCAGGCAGCAGGAGAUUCUGGUGCUGGGCCCCUUUGCGGCGAGGCGGGCGGCCAGGCGGCGGCGCUUGGGAGCGCUGGAGGCCUGGUGCCAUGCCGUGGCGGGCCCCUGCAGGCCAGGGUCAUGGCAGGACCGCGAGCGCGCGGCCAGGCCGGCGUUGGUCAGCGCGGUGGAGGGCCGGCGGGUGGCGGGGGCGUCUCGCCAGCGCCGCAACGCGGCCCUCCACGCAGCCUGCGCCCCUCCGAGCGGUUUCUUCAGGGCGUCUGCCGAGGAGAUCGCGGAGGCGGCGCGGGGGCCCCGCCUGGGCUUCCUGGUCGAGGCGGAGCACGCCGCGCACGUGGCGAGCGGCGACGCGGGCGGUUUGGCUAACAGGGCUGCUGGGAACGAGUGCGAGCAGAUGCAGUGGGUUUCGGCGCCGCUCAGCGUGAACUGGGAGGCGAAGCUGAAGACCUACACGGGGGGCAGCAUGUGGCCCGAGUUCGGGGUGAAGGUUCUUCACGAGGCUGAGCUCGAGCCACAGCUGCUCAACUUGGCGGACGGGCUCCACUCCGCGAAGCUGGGGUCCAUGCAGAGCGAGUGCGAGGAGAAGGAGCUUGAGGAGGCGUCUCCCGCCCCCGCCCUUUUGGUGCUGGAGGGGCUGGAGGACGGGGGGGAGCUCGACGUCUGGGCGGGAGGCAGUGGAACGCUGCCGCAGCUCGGAGGAUGCGAGCUGCCGCCAGGAACAUGGCAGGUAGCCGACCUGAACGCGGAGGCGAAGGCCUUCACGGAGGGAUUGGCUGCGGGUUGGCGGUUGGCCGAGGCGGUCGAGGCGGUCGGCAGUCAGCGCAACGUGAAAGACGAGGACGCUGUCGUGGGGGUGGGGGCCAUGGAGAUCCUCAAGCGCGGAUCGGACACCCAGGGCGCGAGGCCGCGGGCCGCGUUGGCCAAGGCAGUCUCCAGCGCCAAGGGCUUUGACGCAAAGCAGGAGGACAAGGAGGCCGCCGACGGCGACGGCGCGAUCAAGGGCAUUGUGGUGACCAUCGGGACCUGCUGCCUGGAGGCGCUGCCGAACCUGGAGCAGGGGAUGGACAAGCCGAGCCAGGAGGACAGAGUCGAGCAGCGCACCAGCGAGAAGGGCGAGCACGACUCUGAGCGGCACGACAGGUUCGGGCAGAGCGGCAGGGGGCAGGGCGCCGCGAAGCUGGGGGGCGGCGCCAAGCUGCAGGUGGACUACGACGAGUCCAGCCCCGACGCCGCCGACGAGGAGCUGGCUAGCGACUUCUUCAGGGCGCGGUCGGAGACCGAGCUCAAGGGGCACGUCGUCGACAUCCUUGCGGGCAUGGACCUCCCCAAGGACACUGUCCUCGACGUCUUCGAGCGGCUGGGGGCCAGGGGCGCGGCGCGGUCGCCCUGGGCCAAGGCGACCGCCAGGGCCUUCAUUGUCCAGCUCGUGAAGGUGGCCCAGGGGCGGAGGGACAAGCGCGACGCCGCGGGCGUCGCGGCCACGGCCUCCAAGCCCCGGCAGCUCCUCGGCGCCGCGGCCGGCGGGGCGCGGGGCGCAGCCC